AUGAAUAAUGAAAUUUAAGAUAAAAAAUGGGAUUAUUAAAUAAAAAUUAUUUUGCUAGGUUCAUGUGGAACAGGAAAAACAAAUUUUAUAUCAAAAAUUUGCAGAAAUUAAUUUGAUAUAGAGUCUCAUUCAACAAUUGGAAUAGAAUUUGGAAUUAGAGAUGUGAUAGUUGAAUCUCAUCUAUUUCGAUUAUAAUUAUGGGACACUGCAGGCUAAGAAAAGUUUUUAAGUAUGACCUCAGGUUAUUUUAAAAAUGCCGCAGGAGUAUUUUUACUUUAUGAUAUCACAAAAAAAGACAGUUUUGAUCAGAUAUAAGUAAUGAGAUAAUAUGACUUUAGGUUUGGCUUAAAAUGUGUAAAUAGUAUUUAGAUCAAAAUUGUGUUCUGUAUUUAGUUGGAAAUAAAACUGAUUUAUAAUAUCUAAGAGAAGUAAAUCGAUCAUCAGGUCAAAGCUUUGCUUAAGUUAAUUAAUUGUUGUUUGAAGAAUGCAGUGCAGCAAGUGGAGAAAAAAUUGAAGAUAUUUUAAAAGAAAUGAUUUCCAGUAAAUUUCUAUUAAUUUGUAAUUUAGAUAUAUAUCAAAUAUUAAUGAUGAAUGAAAUUCAAGUAGAUAACCCAUAAUCGAAGUCAUCUUUAUCAAUAAAAUCAAAUUAAAAUACUUUAAACUCUUGUUGUAUCUGA